GACCCGUCGCUCUACCGUUUGCAGCACGAAGAUGGUGCUGAAGUUGGCCGCCACUUCGGGCUCAUGGUGGCCUCUAUCAAAAGCAAGGAGCGGGCUCAAGCAAAGAUCAACACGGACUACCAGCAGGACUUCGAGGCCGGGAAGAAGAAAGAACAGCCACUGGCACGAUAUGUGUGUGACUUCCUGCGUGCCACUAUCUACGCAGCGGACCCAUUUGCGCUGGCCCUCGCCUUCCACGAGUUCCAGAAGCGCUUCAAGAUCGUGCGAGUGAAGAACAAGUUUGCGAACGAGAAGCUGAAAACGGAGGAGCGAACGAACAUUCUCGUCAACUUCUGGGUUGAGACAGAGAACAUGAAGCAGAUCGGCGAAGUGCAGUUCCUCAUGCAGGAGUACCUCACGGCGAAGUCCAUACAGCACAUGUACUACGACGUGGCUCGGGCAAAGAGCGAGGACGAACUCUUGGACAAGCCGAUCUUUGCCUAA